AUCGAAAUUUAUCGAAUCAGGCGGCGGCGGAACUGGCCAGGGAACGAUUAGUUGUUAGAGUAUGUGAUGGCCCUAUGUCGACUAACAAGCGAGUAAGUCACACAGAGAGAAGUCUCUGUUUCACACAGAGUGUUUCCGUUCUCUGAGAUGAUACAACAAAUUGGAGAAAGGAUGCGUAAUGUGGAGAACUAUGUCAAGUCUAUCAAACCUGGGCUGGUUGUGCAAACCGAGCCCAUUACUGAUCCAUAUGGGCCUUCUAUCGUCGAUGAAUCUUUGGAAGCUAUUGUAGUCAGCAAAGAGACGUUACCUGGUGGCUUGUCAGUUAACAGAAAGAGAGAAAGAGGUCUUUCUCAACUUAAGAUUCAGUUUGUGGAAAUAGUUUCUGAUGGAUCAAGUGGGAAUAAGAUAAGUUCGACUACUUUGAGGAAGUUAGAGGCUGAGACACAAAAGCAACAUGCUGAACAAGAAGCAUCAUGAACUUGGAACAUGUAAAGAUCAACUUUGUUUGUAACUUUUGAAUAUGUUUGUUUUUAUAUUGACUGAAAAUGUUCAAUGAAGAAGGUCAACGCUUUGUAUACAUUUGGCAGACACGGCAGAAAUGAAGAUGUUGAUAAAUUUUA